AUGGCCGACCAGGCCUCGGGAUCCGCCCGGCAGCCCCAUCAUGACGGUAAAGAUAGUUAUUUUUUGGUAGUCUUUAUGUGGUGAAGUCUCGAGCUAAUCCAGAUCGGUAAGCGGCCUGUGAAUCCUCGGGCUCAGCUAGCACCAUCACCGACGUGUCACUCCCUCUCCCUGGACAUUAUUUCAAUGUUCUCAAUGGAUAUAUAUAUACAUAGCGAGCUACACAGGCCCCAAACUAGAUUUGCAUACUUUGUGUUGGAAAAUAAAUGCAUCCAUCCUGGCGCUUGCUAGUUAGUCGAACUGUGUUGGUGCUAACUAGCUAGCUACCUACCUGUCAUUGUUGUUUUGCAUCCCUUGACAGUAGUAGGCGAGACCUUCGACGCAGUGGAAACUGGAAAAGGGAUAACGUUAGUGGCAGUGACAUUUGUACAAGUAUCAAACGUUUUCGAAAACAGUAUUUAUUGAAACAUGAAUAUUCAGUCAUUUAGCUAACGUUAGUUGUCCAUCCCCUUGUUUGCAAAAUGUAAGUUAGUUAGAGUAGACAAAAGCUAUACAGCUAACGUUAAGUAGUUAGUAGGGGACUACCCCAUUCAUAGAUACUAACUACUUUAGCGUCUUUUGCCCGGGGGAGUUUGCAUAAGAGCCCGACGCUUGCCCUAAACAAUAACACGCAUCGUUUGCCGUACGUUUUUGGAAAUUCAAGGAACGGAUCUUUGAUAUAAGUGAUAAAUAAUUUUCCAAAAAACAGAAGGUUAAAUUACUACACACCUUUUCAUAGGGUUAGGGUUAAUGUUCCCACAUGGCCAAAUCUCCAUGUUAAAGGAAAACUCCACUCAAACGAUCGUUUGCUAUUUGUUUCAUUUGUCCAUUGUUGACAUAGUCCCAAAACGUUUUGCAUGUAAGCAAUCAAGUUUUCAAGAUAUCUAACUUUCAAAAUACAGAAAUCAUCCCUGUAUUUCUCUCUGAUAAGAAAGAUAAGGUGCAUAUGUUUAAAAAACGAUGAUUAUUGACUUUCCUAAAUGUUGAAAGACAGUGUCCGAAUUUUUAGUCCACAUGGAGCCAAGGGUUUUCGAGAGCUAGGACGGAACAUGGACCAAUUUGGAGUUCCAGACUCUAGCUAGUUUGCCAGUAGUAGCCACACAGAUAAAUUGUUAGCCAAAAUGUCUUGAUAAAUUGAGCCUAUGACUGAAUUAAAUUAGCAGGAUUCUUGCCAAUUUUGUCAAACUACACUACCAGUCAUUCAAGGAUUUUUCUUUAUUUUUACUAUUUAUUUACAUUGUAGAAUAAUAGUGAAGACAUCAAAACUCUGAAAUAACACAAAUGGAAUCAUGUAGUAACCAAAAAAGUGUUAAACAAAUCCAAAUAUAUUUGAGAUACUUCAAAGUAGCCACCCUUUGCCUUGAUGACAGCUUUGCACACUCUUGGCAUUCUCUCAACCAGCUUCAUGAGGUAGUCACCUGGAAUGCAUUUAAAUUAACAGGUGUGCCUUCUUAAAAGUUAUUUUCUGGAAUUUCUUUCCUUAAUGCGUUUGAGCCAAUCAGUUGUGUUGUGACAAGGUAGGGGGGGUAUACAGAAGAUAGCUCUAUUUGGUAAAAGACCAAGUCCAUAUUAUGGCAAGAACAGCUCAAAUAAGCAAAAAGAAACGACAGUCCAUCAUUACUUUAAGACAUGAAGGUCAGUAAAUAUGGAAAAUGUCAAAGACUUUGAUAGUUUCUUCAAGUGCAGUCGCAAAAACCAUCAAGUGCUAUGAUGAAACUGGCUCUCAUGAGGACCGCCACAGGAAUGGAAGACCCAGAGUUACCUCUGCUGCAGAGGAUAAGUUCAUUAGAGUUACCAGCCUCAGAAAUUGCAGCCCAAAUAAAUGCUUCACAGAGUUCAAGUAACAGACACAUCUCAACAUCAACUGUUUAUAGGGGACUGUGGGAAUCAGGCCUUCAUGGUCGAAUUGCUGUAAAGAAACCACUACUAAAGGACACCAAUAAUAAGAACAGACCUGCUUGGGCCAAGAAACACGAGCAAUGGGCAUUAGACCAGUGGAAAUUUGUCCUUUGGUCUGGAGUCCAAAUUGGAGAAUUUUGGUUCCAACUGCUGUGUCUUUGUGAGACGCAGUGUGGAUGAACGGAUGAUCUCUGCAUAUUAGUUCCAACCAUAAAGCAUGGAGGAGGAGGUGUUAUGGUGUGGGGGUGCUUUGCUGGUGACACUGUCUGUGAUUUAUUUAGAAUUCAAGGCACAUUUAACCAGCAUGGCUACCACAGCAUUCUGCAGUGAUAUGCCAUCUGGUUUGGGCUUAGUGGGACUAUCAUCUGUUUAUCAACAGGACAAUGACCCAACACACCUCCAGGCUAAGGGCUAUUUUACCAAGAAGGAGAGUGAUGGAGUGCUGCAUCAGAUGACCUGGCCUCCACAAUCCCCCGACCUCAACCCAAUUGAGAUGGUUUGGGAUGAGUCGGACGGCAGAGUGAAGUAAAAGCAGCCAACAUGUGCUCAGCAUAUGUGGGAACUCCUUCAAGACUGUUGGAAAAGCAUUCCAGGUGAAGCUAGUUGAGAGAAUGCCAAGAGUGUGCAAAGCUGUCAUCAAGGCAAAGGGUGGCUAUUUGAAGAAUCUGAAAUCUAAAAUAUAUUUUGAUUUGUUUAACACUUUUUUGGUUUUUAUUCUACAAUGAAAAAAAAAAAAAAAAAAAAAAACCAAACUUUUGAUUGGUACUGUAUCUACACCAAAUCUGGCAAUGGAGAUAAUGAAUUGUCAAUGGAUGUUCUGUUACUGAUGUCAUCCCUCUCUGAAAAAUGUCAUGCUCUGAAAUAUAUACGAGCUGACAUUUUCACACCUCUGUUAAUUUUAAUGGCCUCUAACUCUGACUUGUAUGCCAUUCCUAGGAGUUGUCCUAAGUAGAGGUGCUCAAUAUCUGUCCUCAGUUCAGCCUAAUGUUUUUGGUUUAGUUUGUUUUUAUAACAACUUUGAGAUUCUACUUGUAAUGAAAACACUAUAUAAAAUACAAUGCUUAUUAUUAUUAUUGAGGCUACAUUCACCAGGUGCUAAAUGAGUGAAAUAAAACAUUUAAUUGACUUCAGACAGGCUUUACAAAAGGCAACACUGAUCUGACGAUAUUACUGCAUAGUAUGGCAAAUGCACCGCCCUCGACCGCAAAGCGCAACAGAGGGUGGUGCGGACGGCCCAGUACAUCACUGGGGCCGAGCUCCCUGCCAUCCAGGACCUCUAUAUCAGGCGGUGUCAAGAAGGCCUGAACAAUUGCAGAAGACUUCAGCCACCCAUGUCAUAGACUGUUCACUCUGCUACCGUCCAUCAAAUGGUACCGGCGCAUCGGCUUUCAGACCAACAGGCUCCGAGACGGCUUCUACCUCCAAGCCAUAAGACUGCUAAAUAGUUAAUUAAAUGGUUACCCGGACUAUCUGCAUUGACCUUAUCUUGCACUGAUUCUAUGCACACUCACAAGACUAUAUUCUGUAUAUAAACAUUUACAUACACUACUGUACAUAUACAUACUACACAAACACACCGAUGCCGCAUACACACAUGCAAACACACAUGCAAACAUACAUACAUUCACACUCAUCCUAUGCUGCUGAUCUAUUCUUUAUUUUACUCUUACUGUUAUCUAUUCUGAUGCCUAGUCACUUUACCCUGCCUUUAUGUACAUAUCUACCUCAAAUAACUCAUACCCCUGCACUGUGUUAUGGUACUGGUACUCCCUGCAUAUAGCUUAAUUAUUGUGUAUUUUAUUCCUCUUGUGUUUCUAUUUGUAUUUUCCUUAUUUUCUUAUUUAUAACUCUGCAUCGUUGGGAAGGGCUCGUAAGCAAGCAUUUCAAUGUAAAGUCUACACCCGUUGUAUUCGGCGCAUGUGACAAAUAACAUUGGAUUUGAAUGGGAAAAGCUGUACAGUAUGUAGCAUAAAGCUAGUGGAGAGAUAUGCCCCAAGUAGGCCAAAAACCCCAAAUCAUCAAAGAUUGGAACCGGUAACUAGUGUACUUUUUGAGCUAGAGAUUGACUCUAAAAAGUAAGUUAUAUUACUGAGCUAUUGUAUAACCAUUUUGUUGGACACGAGGAAUGAUCUUUUGGGAAGUAAGUUUCCAGGCAACUCAUGCUGUUUUAUAUGUAAUAACGUAAACACUUUUACCAACUUGGAAACCCCCCGGAGUUUGUUGAUGAUCAGGCCUAUGUCAAAGGUCUUUGUUUUGUUCUCGUGGACAUGUCUUUCUGGUCAAACUUCUUGCUAACACAGUCACUAUGCUAAUACAGUCAUUAAAUACUAAUGGGUCCUGCCCCUAGAAUGCUGCUUGGUAUUUUGUACUGCACAGGUGUUGUCCUUUUGAUUGGCUACAAUUAGUGAGAUUGAUUUGUCCACAAGUUAGACCUCCAUUUAUUGUAUCAUAACCAACACCAACAGGGAUUAUUGUUGAAGUGAAGACCAAGUGACCCUCCCAUUCAGUCCAGCCUGGGCAAUACCAAAACUUAACUUAAAUUAUGGAUUGCCCUUUUAAAUAAAUGAAAUCACGGCUUUCAGGCUGGCUGUAUUGCAGUGUGUAGAAAAAUACCUUUUUUUUUCUGGAAGUUUCUUUAGUGUUCUUGUUUUGUCCUCUCUCUUAGCGGUGCUCCAGCAGCGAGUGGCAUCCUUGGAGCAGGAGAGAGCUGAGUUCGUCAAGCUCAAACAGCAACUGGAGUCUGAGUUCAACCAGAAACGGGCCAAGUUCAAAGAGCUCUACCUGUCCAAAGAAGGUGACUGUUCAAUCUGCUGUCGGCAUUAUGCCAUAUUGCUAAUAGUAAGCUCAUGUAGUUAGCUUCAUGAAUAUGAACUCUGGUCUCCUGGAACAUAUCCGAUCUUAUCAUGGGUUACCUCCUUUAUUUUCCUCACUGUUCCUCUCUCUUUCCUCCCAGAGGAACUGAAGUUUCAGGCAGCGUCUCUGGAGGGGGCCCAGUCGGAGCUGAGUCGUGUCCAGGCCCAGCUGGAACAGGCCCAGGCAGACAUGGAGAACAUCAAGGCGGUGGCCACUGUGUCAGAGAGCACCAAGCAGGAGGCCAUUGACCAGGUCAAGGGACAGUGGCAGGAGGAGGUGGCCUCACUACAGGCCAUCAUGAAAGGUACUGUAGCCAGGCUAACUCUACAUUGCCUCCUCUGGCCGUCAUUUUGCCAUUCAGUAUCUAGUUGAUGACGCUGUUGGAAGGCUUUCAGUAUCUGUAAAUAACCCAUGUAACAUUUACUCUAGACUUUAAUGAAAUGCAGUCAUUUUGAUCCCAUGUCAUUGCCCUGCUUCUGUUACAGCCUUGAUGUAGUAUCUUAGCUUGACCUGCAGAAAUUAAAAUAGAAUAGGAUAAAAAUUCUGUCAGCAGUUUAUUUGAUCAAAUAAAGUGGGGGUCAAAUAAAGUGUAUUAUGUUAAAUAAAGCCUGAUUUGAAAAUCCACUGCUACUCUUUACACUGAGGAUCAGUUAUAACACAACACAGUACCAGUCGAUGCGGUCACCUCCCCUCCCCCCUCAGACACAGUGCGUGAGUACGAGGUGCAGUUCCACCAGCGCCUGGAGCAGGAGCGUGCCCAAUGGAACCAGUACAGGGAGGUGGUGGAGAGGGAGAUGGGCGAGCUGAGACACCGCCUCUCUGAGGGCGGCCAGGAGGAGGAGAACCUGGAGAACGACAUGAAGAAGGUUGGCUGGUUUCACACCAGGGGGGUCAUCAAAGUACAUUAAUCCUUUCAUCAGGGUUGGGGGCAAUUCCAUUGCAAUUCAGUCAAUUUAAUUUAAUUUCAUAAUUUUUCUCUUAGAGAAGCCUCGAAGAGAAUUGGAAUGUUAUAUUACUUCUGGAAUUGAAAUGGAAUUGACCGCUUUUGUUUUAGAUUUUACUUAUUUGUAGCCAUUGUGUCUGUUUUGAUUCACUGUCAAUAAAGUUGGACUUACUUGAUUUUAAUGUGUUUUCCCCCAGGCCCAGGAAGAUGCAGAGAAGCUGCGGUCGGUGGUGAUGCCCAUGGAGCAGGAGAUAGCAGCUCUGAAAGUCAAACUGACUGUGGCAGAGGACAGGGUGAAGGAGCUGGAGGCCUCGAAGGUUAGUUAAAAGGGUCUGGAAAGGAAAACUGAAGACUUUUACAACACAGACAAGAUCUUCAUGCUUAUUUUAUUAAGAAAACAAUCUUAUCCAUCCAAGAUGUCAAUUGAGGUAUGGAUUAUAUCUAGACCAGGGGUAGGCAAGAUUCAGCCGCGGGUCGAUUUCUGUCGGAGUGGAUGGUCAGGGGGCCCGAACAUAAUUAUAAUAAUUUGUACACUGCAAAUUGACCACAACUAAGCCUAAAAAGAGAUUGUAUUUGAAAAUAAUAAUUUCAUACUUUGAAUUACAUUGAGACACAAUCACAUACGUCUCUUGGGAACAGAUUUCCUAAAUUAAACUAAUUUUUUAGCUGAAUUCCUGGUGAUUUUUCAGUUUAAAACCCCCCCAAAACUAAAACAAAAACAAUCACUUGCGGGUCGGUUUUGCCGACCCCUAAUCUAGACCGUAUGCAAAGGAACAUGAAUUUAGGUUGAUUAUUUAUGACAUUUAUAGGCAAAUAAUCUAGGCAAAACUGUCUGAAGUGAUACAGUGGAAGAAAUACUUUCUAAAAAUGGCUUUCAGUUGAAAUAUGUCAUUUGAGUUACUGAUAAAUGACUUGUUUUCAUUCUGUAGGGAAAGGAGCUCAAUCAUGUCCUGGAAGCAGAGAAAUCCUCCCGCACAGACCUGGAGAUGUACGUGGCGGUGCUCAACACUCAGAAGUCUGUCCUUCAGGAGGACGCAGAGAAACUACGCAAAGAGCUCCACGAAGGUGACACACUCGUAAAGCUUUAUUUGAAAGCAUGCUGUCAAACUUAAGGAUAAGAGAUGUAAGAAACUUCAAUACAGAAGUACAGCACAGUAUUGUCCCUCUUUUUCGCUAUCUAUCUCUCGCUAUAUAUAUAUAUCUGUCUGUCUGUCUGUCAUGUUUUUUCUCCCAUGGUCAGUGUGUCACCUCUUGGAGCUGGAGCGGCAGCAGCACAACCAGCUGAAGCACACGUGGCAGCGGGCCAACGACCAGUUCCUGGAGUCCCAGAGGCUGCUGAUGAGGGACAUGCAGAGGAUCGAGAACGUGCUCUCUUCUGAGCAGCUCCGCCAGGUGGAGGAGAUCAAGAAGCGGGACCAGGUACUCACACCUAAAGUCAAAAGGGGUGUGGGGGGGGGGGGGUUAGUGGCCAGGGGUGUGUUUGGCUGUGCAAGGUUGUAUCAGACAAUAUAUGAGGAAUAGAGUAAAUAGUGACUGUGUAAUGACAGACAAUUUGACAGGAUAUUGUGUGUGCAUGUGCGCUUAAGGGAAUGCCAGUCAGUUAAAAAGGUAGAAAUACCCUGUCAAAGUGUAGACCAUUUAUUGACAUUGUGUUUGUUUCCCCCAGGAGGAGGAUGAGAAGGAAAGGAUCAGCCAGGCCAAGGAGCAGAACGAGGAAGACAGGACAGAAACCGAACCUUUAGAAGACUCAUUCCUUGGGCUCAGUAUUGAAGAGGUAUGGCUAUGAUGUCACCAACACCUUACAGAGAGCACAUACCCCAGACACACAUGAUCCUCUUGAGAGGACAACCGCCCUAUAAAACAUUAUCUCUUGAGUUCAUAUUGAAUAUGAAAUGGCCAUAAAUAUGAACAUUGUAACUCCACAUCUUCACAAUUGACUUGUUUCCUCGUUGAAGGUAAAAGGUUAACUUCUCCACCUAAUCCGCUGUGACAAGCAUGGUCAAAUGUGGUCUGAAAUGCCAUCUCCUUAAAUGGCUUGGAGAAAUUCUUUAAUAACACUAACAUAAGUAUUCCAGAAAUUGGUCUAAAGCAUGUGAUUUUGUUCGAAGCACUAUUCUCUGCUGACAAUGCACCUCUCAUUUCCAAUCUUGACACUGCAGUUUUGACAUCGCACUCACAACCAAAGCACAUCCACACCCCUUUUCUCUCUUUCUCUCACUCUGUGUCAUUCUCAGCAUCUCUGAGGCUGUGUUUACACAGCCACCCUAAGAACCCAAAUCUGAUUUUCUUUCUAUAUCCCAAAAAAAUGUCUGACUGUCACACUGUUUUACAUGUGACCCAUAUCAGAUUUGGGCAUUCACACUGAUGUAGCCUCUGAAGUAGCACACCGAUGCAAUGCUUAUUUUCUGUCACUGUUCCUUUACAUUUUGGGGUGGUUGUGACGGUAACGUCAGGACAUGUGCAAAAAAAUAUCUAAUCUGAACGACCAGACAGGUCGCAUAUGGAGGAUCGGGUUUGUAUCAGGAUUCAGAUCCACAUAUGGAGGUGGUAUAAAUGAGAAGUCAAAAGAUCAGAUUCCAUGUGUUCUUUUUUGCUGUUUACACGUUAGGGAAAAGAUCAGAUGGGAAUCUGUUAUGUACACUACCAUUCAAAAGUUUGGGGUCACUUAGAAAUGUCCUUGUUUUCGAAAGAAAAGCAAGAGGACAAAUACAUUAGUGUCUAGUUUGAGAAACAGGCGCCUCACAGGUCCUCAACUGGCAGCUUCAUUAAAUAGUACCCGCAAAACACCAGUCUCAACGUCAACAGUGAAGAGGCGACUCUGGGAUGCUGAUCUUCUAGGCAGAGUUGCAAAGAAAAACCAUAUCUCAGACUGCCCAUCUUAAUCUUUUCUUUUUAUUGGCCAGUCUGAGAUAUGGCUUUUUCUUUGCAACUCUACCUAGAAGAUCAGCAUCCCAGGGUCGCCUCUUCACUGUUGACGUUGAGACUGGUGUUUUGCGGGUACUAUUUAAUGAAGCUGCCCGUUGAGGACCUGUGAGGCGCCUGUUUCUCAAACUAGACACUCUAAUGUAUUUGUCCUCUUGCUCAGUUGUGCACCGGGGCCUCCCACUCCUCUUUCUAUUCUGGUUAGAGCCAGUUUGCGCUGUUCUGUGAAAGGAAUAGUACACAGCGUUGUACGAGAUCUUCCGUUUCUUGGCAAUUUCUUGGCCUCUGUACGCCUAUGUAGAUAUUCCAUUAAAAAUAAUCAGUUUCCAGCUACAAUAGCCAUUUACAACAUUAAUAAUGUCUACACUGUAUUUCUGAUCAAUUUGUUGUUAUUUUAGUGGACAAAAAAAAUGCUUUUCUUUCGAAAACAAGGACAUUUGUAAGUGACCCCAAACUUUUGAACUGUAGUGUAAAUAAUUGGCAAAAGAUCUGAAUGGGCUGCCUGUGUGAACACAGCCUGAGGUGCUACUCGUCUACUUCUCAUCAUUACAACCACUCUCUCCCUCCCUCUUCUCUCCUCCAGCCCCACAGCGCCCACGGCUCUAUGCACUCCUUAGACUCUGACCUGGUGGCAGGGGGCCCUAUGGACCCCUACAAAGACGGCCUGCGGAGGGUCCAGUCCACAGACAGCCUGGGUUCCUCUCCUGGUCUCCAGGGCCUGGGGGUCCACAACCAUAAGGCCAAGUCGGCCAGCCACCUGGAUGAGUCCGACUUCGGACCCCUGGUGGGGGCGGACUGCGGGGCCCCUGAGGGCCUGGCGGGCUUUGGGGACACACUAUCGGUCAGCUCCAUCCAGCUGACAGCCGGCCACUUCCUGCUCACCAAGGUCUUAAAUCUACCUUUAUAAUACUUUCAUGUAUUGUGUCUGUAAAACAAUUGAGUUUUUUUAAAUGCAGUUUAAAAAAAUGUAUUUGAUAUGAUCCAGGACCAGGAGAAGGCCAUCAAGGCCAUGACGCCAGAGCAGGAGGAGACGGCCUCACUGAUGUCCAGCAUCUCCCACGCCCCUGACACCGCCUUCCUGACCCCGUCAGGCUACCGGCUGGUCAGCGACCAGGAGUGGAACCUGCUACAGCAAGAGGUCAGACAGUUUCAUACAGUGUUUUGGUUCAUUUAAAUUGUAUGAUGGUUUGGUUGGGCUUUGUUUUGCAGUACGAUAUUGUACGCUAUACCUUGUUUGCAUGGUAAUAGUUGUUGGCUUGUAAUCCCAUAACCACUUUGGUUCAAAAGCACCAAUAAGUAUAAUUUAGUACCAAGUACUGUAUUUGUUACUAUUAGGAAAAUACAAUGUAGCCUAGGUGUUGAAAUGUUCCUGUAGAAUAAAGUAAACAAUCUUUACACUGCUAUGAAUUGUGUACAGUUUGGUUUGCACACAUGGACAGCUCGGGGUUUCUAUAUAAAUAUUUUGUAUUUAACAUGUGGUAUUCCUCCUAAAUUCAUUCUUGGCUGUCUGUCACUAGGUGAAGAAUGCGGGGAGGAAGUUGGGACGGCGGUGUGACAUGUGCUCCAACUAUGAAAAACAGCUGCAGGUCAUCCAGGGCCAGGAAGCAGAGACACGUGAUCAAGUAACACCCUCUCUCUCACUCACUGUGGCACUCUAUUACAGUUUAACUUUCUGUGAUAUAUACACCUAUGUCAAGGAUACUUAAAGGGAAAGUUCAUCCCAAAAUUAAAGCAUUUUGUUAUAGAUCAAAGUUAUCUUUAGUGAUAUUUAGUCUUUCCAUGUUCCAUGUCAUCUGUUGUGUAGCUCCCACUAAGCUAUAUGCAUUAGAGUAAAUCUGACGACAAGAAUCCUAAUUGAAUGGGGGGAAAGAAAGAGUGCAAGUUAGCUGGUCCCAAGUCUCGCUGGUCUCUCUCAGGUAAAGAAGCUCCAGGUGAUGCUGCGGCAGGCCAAUGACCAGCUGGAGAGAACCAUGAGUGAAAAACAAGAGUUGGAGGACUCUGUGAAACAGGGCAACGAGGAAACCACUGCAAAGGUCUGUCCUCCUUACACACACACCACACACACACUAUAUCUCUCUUCAGAGUCUAAAAAGUGUAAAGUAUAGUAAAGCGUAAAGUAAUCUUUAUGCUUAGCUCUUUUAUUGUUUGAGGAGUUAUUUCUAAUCUUCAAAGAAUAUACAAUGCUCACUGUUGGAAUGUGGAUAAAUCGGCAUACGUCAUUCUUUUUCUUUAGAUUGUAUGUUUGUUCAGUUAUUCUCUGGAGCAUGCGGAUUUCUUGCUUUGUCUCAGGUCGCUGCUCUCAUGCAGAGAGUCCAGGAGUCAGAGUCACUGCUUAAAACACUACAAGAGGCCUUCAGUCAGGCCAAGAGGAACACACAGGAACAGAUGGUGAGCAACAGUUAUCCACUACAGCCUCUCAAUACAGCCUCUGUUUGGGCCUCCAGUGUCUCAAUACUGUCUGUCUGUGCCAGAAGGCCUGUAUAAAUAAAGUUAGCAGCAAAAUAAUUUGAACAUUCCAUCGCUCCAUGUGCCUUUUGAUUUAGUGAUGCAACCAUCUUCUUGCUGUAAUUAAGGAGGAAGUUUAUCUUGCCAAAAAGAGAGCUAGUGGAAAUGUGAUGGAAUGCUCUGCCAGAUAGUAGACGUUUGCCCUCUAAUCACAUUUCAAAUCAAAUCAAAUUUUAUUGGUCACAUGCGCCGAAUACAACAGGUGCAGACAUUACAGUGAAAUGCUUACUUACAGCCCUUAACCAACAGUGCAUUUAUUUUAAGCAAAAAAAGUAAGAAUAAAACAACAACAACAAAAAGUGUUGAGAAAAAAAGAGCAGAAGUAAAAUAAAGUGACAGUAGGGAGGCUAUAUAUACAGGGGGGUACCGUUGCAGAGUCAAUGUGCGGGGGCACCGGCUAGUUGAGGUAGUUGAGGUAAUAUGUACAUGUGGGUAGAGUUAAAGUGAUUAUGCAUAAAUACUUAACAGAGUAGCAGCAGCGUAAAAAGGAUGGGGUGGGGGGGCAGUGCAAAUAGUCCGGGUAGCCAUGAUUAGCUGUUCAGGAGUCUUAUGGCUUGGGGGUAGAAGCUGUUGAGAAGUCUUUUGGACCUAGACUUGGCACUCCGGUACCGCUUGCCGUGCGGUAGCAGAGAGAACAGUCUAUGACUAGGGUGGCUGGAGUCUUUGACAAUUUUGAGGGCCUUCCUCUGACACCGCCUGGUAUAGAGGUCCUGGAUGGCAGGAAGCUUUGCCCCAGUGAUGUACUGGGCCGUACGCACUACCCUCUGUAGUGCCUUGCGGUCAGAGGCCAAGCAGUUGCCAUACCAGGCGGUGAUGCAACCAGUCAGGAUGCUCUCGAUGGUGCAGCUGUAGAAUUUUUUGAGGAUCUGAGGACCCAUGCCAAAUCUUUUUAGUCUCCUGAGGGGGAAUAGGCUUUGUCGUGCCCUCUUCACGACUGUCUUGGUGUGUUUGGACCAUGAUAGUUCGUUGGUGAUGUGGACACCAAGGAACUUGAAGCUCUCAACCUGUUCCACUACAGCCCCGUCGAUGAGAAUGGGGGCGUGCUCAGUCCUCUUUUUUUUCCUGUAGUCCACAAUCAUCUCCUUUGUCUUGGUCACGUUGAGGGAGAGGUUGUUGCCCUGGCACCACACGGCCAGAUCUCUGACCUCCUCCCUAUAGGCUGUCUCAUCGUUGUCGGUGAUCAGGCCUACCACUGUUGUGUCGUCGGCAAACUUAAUGAUGGUGUUGGAGUCGUGCCUGGCAAUGCAGUCAUGGGUGAACAGAGAGUACAGGAGGGGACUGAGCACGCACCCCUGAGGGGCCCCCGUGUUGAGGAUCAGUGUGGCAGAUGUGUUGUUACCUACCCUUACCACCUGGGGGCGGCCCGUCAGGAAGUCCAGGAUCCAGUUGCAGAGGGAGGUGUUUAGUCCCAGGAUCCUUAGCUUAGUGAUGAGCUUAGAGGGCACUAUGGUGUUGAAUGCUGAGCUGUAGUCAAUGAAUAGCAUUCUCACGUAGGUGUUCCUCUUGUCCAGGUGGGAAAGGGCAGUGUGGAGUGCGAUAGAGAUUGCAUCAUCUGUGGAUCUGUUGGGGCGGUAUGCAAAUUGGAGUGGGUCUAGGGUUUCUGGGAUUAUGCUGUUGAUGUGAGCCAUGACCAGUCUUUCAAAGCACUUCAUGGCUACAGACGUCAGUGCUACGGGUCGGUAGUCAUUUAGGCAGGUUAUCUUAGAGUUCUUGGGCACGGGGACUAUGGUGGUCUGCUUGAAACAUGUUGGUUUUACAGACUCAGUCAGGGACAUGUUGAAAAUGUCAGUGAAGACACUUGCCAGUUGGUCAGCACAUGCUCGGAGUACACGUCCUGGUAAUCCGUCUGGCCCUGCGGCCUUGUGAAUGUUGACCUGCUUAAAAGUCUUACUCACAUCGGCUACGGAGAGCGUGAUCACAUAGUCAUCCGGAACAGCUGGUGCUCUCAUGCAUGCUUCAGUGUUGCUUGCCUCGAAGCGAGCAUAGAAGUGGUUUAGCUCGUCUGGUAGGCUUGUGUCACUGGGCAGCUCGCGGCUGUGCUUCCCUUUGUAGUCUGUAAUAGUUUUCAAGCCCUGCCACAUCCGACGAGCGUCAGAGCCAGUGUAGUAUGAUUCAAUCUUAGACCUGUAUUGACUCUUUGCCUGUUUGAUGGUUCGUCGGAGGUCAUAGCGGGAUUUCUUAUAAGCGUCCGGGUUAGAGUCCCGUUCCUUGAAAGCGGCAGCUCUACCCUUUAGCUCAGUGCGGAUGUUUCCUGUAAUCCAUGGCUUCUGGUUGGGGUAUGUCAUUUGUAGGCAUUUGUAGUCUCUGUGGCCGGCAGUUCCAUUUUACAGUAUAUUGAAUCAUCAGGAGGAAACAGGAUGAUGACACAUGAUUUGACGGAGUGCUGUUUUUGCCAUAAUCAGGCUGUGCUGAUGCAGUCCAGGGAGCAGGUGGCGGAGGAACUGAGCAGACUGCAGAGGGACAACGACAGCCUAACAGGCAAACACCGACUCCACUUAUCUCUCCAGCAGCAGGAGGACUUCAAACUACCCACCACGGUGCAAGUACGAGACAAUUAUUCACAGCCACCAUUUUGAGAAUUGCUCUGUCGCAUCUCAAUAGUCUAAAGGAGAGCCCUCUAUUUUUUGUCACACUAAUUCAUAGAUUUACAGAAGAAUGUCUCUUGACAUCUGAAUAAUAAACAAGAGUUCAUUGCAAGGACCAUCCAGGCUCUCUUCAUUUUUCCCCCCGUGCUUACAUAGCAUGUUUACAUAGCAUUGACAAAGAUGAAAACAACAGUAAUAUUCCAAAUAUUCCACAUUUAAAUCCAAGGAGGAUAAGGUGGUAUGUAUUUUAGGCCUAGAUUUAGCUUCAAGUAAUGUUCUAAGACUUUGGUUGUGUUCCAGAUACAUAGAUUCUGUACAAAUUAUAGGAGUGUUAUGUCAUGUUAAUGUGGUAAAAAAACAAAACAACACCUGGAAUUUUAAAGAUCUAGUAAUGUUAGCAGACCUGCACAGAAUCUGUCGUUCAGAACUAAAACAAUCACCAUGACUGACCAGUUACUAUUUCACUGACUUUGGUUAAUGAACUGGCAGGGAGAACAUACUAGGGCCCUUCAGGGUGUUAAGGAUUCUAUAGUGUACUUGUUGACCGCUUUAACAUGAACAAGUCUUUAGAGUGAAUCCAAACCUUGAUGAAAAUGCGGUAGCUAAACCAUCGUAACCACCUUAAUGGUUAUUGGUGUCUUUUCCUUCCAUAUAAACUCAGAUAUCGCAGUAUUCAAUGACUUAAAAAGGUUUUUUAAAUGAGGGAUUGAAAUAGGAAUACGUUGGAGUAAAUGAAGAAAACAAAGACAUCUUGGAAGAACUGAUAGUAACAAGUAUGAAAGGGAUGGAACAACUGGGUCUGAAAUGUAUGAGUAUGUCAUCGCCAUACACUUCUCCACGUGCACGGUCCCCAGAAGCAGACGGACAUCUCUGGUUCACACCAUCGAGCUAUUUACUUGUCCAUCAGGUACUUCUUUCACCAUUCAUACCCAUUGUGACUCACUUAAAUUGGUACGUGCAACUAUUUCUGCUCCCCUCUAGGAACUACAACCCCUGGUGCUACAGUUGCGGGAGGACAUAGUUGCGGUGCGCACGGCUGCAGACCACCUGGAAGAGAAGCUGAAGGCGGAGAUCCUGUUCCUGAAGGAGCAACUCCAGGCAGAGCAGUGCCUCAAAGAGAACCUGGAGGACACACUACAGCUGGAGAUAGAUGGCUGCAAGGAGGAGAUAGGUGAGGCUCACCUUCCCAUUCCUUAGGCUUGACACAUAAGGAUAGAUCAGAGAAAAGUAACUUUGUUGUGCUAUAAUCCUCAUGCUCAUUAAUCAAGAUAUCUAUUGAUUAAUGUGGCAGAUUUACAGAAAGUUUCAAUUUCAUCUGUAUGUCCUGGGCAGGUGUAGCUGUUUAUCUAUGGCUCUGAGUUGAGCUAUCUGGACAUCUGAUGUGAGCAAUAAAGAAAAUCUUGAGUUGCAUUUUAUAAGAGCCAGAGAUGCUAAAUAUGAUGGUUAGACGUCAGCUCAAACUUGUAUGAUUUACAGUAGUUGUUUCAGCACUACACAUUUAGAGAGUUAAGGGAUACAACAUGUGCUGAGCAAGUGUUCAGCUUCGCGGUCACAUACUGAACCUGUCAGCGCAACUGAACUCUGCUUCUCCACCAUGAAAUUGCCUGUAUUUUCCUUUGAACUUCAUCAAAGACACUAGUUCUCUGAAGAUUUUUCCCCUCCUUUCCUUUGUUCCCUCUAAAACCUUAAUUUUUCUCCUCUCCUUUUUUCUCGGUUGGUGACUGUUGUUCAGACAUCUUGGAAGGUACGAAACACACUGUCUGACGAACCUUCUUAGGUUGUUUGUGUGUGUGUGUUAAUACUGUACAUGUUGGAUUAAUGACCGUAUGGCACUGAAACUCACUCACUGCAGUAAUGUUUUUUUUAAAUGUGGCAUGCCAAAUUGGUAUGGUCAUGAGAGGAUUAUGGACAUGACAUGGCACCUGUUAUAUGCUGUAAUAGCCAUUCACUUCACUCUUCUAAGUUAGCAUGGUUAUGACAAUAACCAUUUAAUACCAUUAAUAUGGCAUAACAUCACAGCUUUCUUUUUUGUUUAUUUUAUUUUCAGUAUAUUUUAAUCAAAUAUACUGCUAUAGUGUGGAAAAAUUGUUGAAUUCUGGCCCAAGUUAUGAACACUUCCUUGAUUGCUCUGUGUGUCAGUCUAAUAGCAUGGAGGAGCAGUGUGUUUGCUUGCUUAGUAACACACACAUCUCUCACACACACACCACUCUCCUUGGCAGAGGAGAUUCGCCCCCUUUAAGACUAGCCACACAGCUCUAAUGCGUUAUUCAUGAAUUGACAACACAUUUUUCAGGACCUGCAUUAGAAUGCUAGAACGCAUGUCUGGGGUUGAUGUUCUGAUUACCAUCAUAAUGACACUUUAAUAAGUAUUUUAUCUGGUUUUUCUUUUCCCCAGCGUCAUUCUCCAGUCUGAAAACCGAGCUGGAGCGAGUGAAAGCCGAGAAAGAACAGGUACAUGAACUGUAGGGAGACUGCUGUGUCACUCCUCUGAAUGUGAAGUCAGAUUGUCUUGAGUGGCUGCCUUCAAUAACAUAAUCCCAGCUAAGGCCUAAAACCACUGGCUUGUUAGAGUAGUAGUUGCUGUUUGAAACGUGUGGAACAAUAUGUAUGAAUGUAGGUGUGAAUGAGUUUAUUUACCAUCACCAAUGUGUUAUGUGAAUACCUCAUUAAUUUACAACGGCUAACAUCAGUUGUCACCAACCAUGGUUCCGGAGAGCUACAGGGUGUGCAGGCAUUUGCUCAAGCCUUGCACGUACACACCUGAAUUAACCAAGGUCUUGAGGUUUAGUUGAUUAUUUGAAUUGGGUGUUUGAGUACUGAGCUGGAACAAAAGCCUGUGCACCAAACUCUCUACCAGGACCAGGGUUGGAGACCAUUGGCUUAACAUAAUUGUUUUGCUCUGCAGUGUAGUCUGUCUGUAGCCUAGCUGACGCACAGAUCACGUGACACAACGAGAAGAGCUGUGCCCCACUGGUCUGGACAGGAGGCCGUUCUAAUUCCAUAUUCCGCUCUUUUCGAGAGCGGACACAUUGAUUGGUUCUCUCAAAUGUUUUUUGUCCUUGGGGGGUUGAGACCUCUCGUUUUGGAUUUGAAAAUCCAACAAGUUGUAAUGGAAGGAGGUGACACUCCGUGUGUGGCUGUCCAUGUGGGUGUUUGAGUGAGAAAGACACAGAGGAGAACCUACCAGUAAGGCACAGCCCCCUUCAUUAUCAACACAUCGUCCCGACUACAUCAAACAGCCUCCCCAGACUCUGAAGUCAGGAGGACUUUGAGUUUGGUAGUAGACUGUUUGUGCCAGUAGUUGAUAAUAACUGUGAUUGAUGUGCUCAUUUCCCAGUUGGAGAGCAGCCUGGCAGAAAAGAGCAAGACAUUAGAGAGUGUCCAUGGUCUGAAGAGCAGACUGGAUGAGCAGCUCAGAGAGCUCACCACAACCAAGGUCAGAGGUCAUUCACUUCUCAGACAGUCUGUAUCACAGGAGGUUGGUGGCACCUUAAUUGCGGAGGAUGGGCUCGUGGUAAUGGCUGGAACAGAAUGGGUGGAAUGGUAUCAAAUACAUCAAACACAUGGUUUCUGUGUGUUUGAUGCCAUUCCAUUGGCUCUGUUCCAGCCAUUAUUAUGAGCUGUCCUCCCCUCAGCAGCCUCCACUGGCAUGUAUGUUACAACCGGCCGCUGCUGCUGUUCCUUUCUCAACUAUCUGUGAUAAGUCUCAACAUCGAGUGGGAGUAGUGAUACUCAGUGUGCUGUGUGUGUGGUGGCAGACAGCCCUGGAGGCUCAGGCGUUGGAUGAGAAGGACAAAGCCCAGCGGUUACAGACGGAGCUGGAUGUUAGUGAGCAGGUGCAGAGGGACUUUGUCAAGCUCUCCCAGAGCCUCCAGGUAUGGACAGUACCGCUGUUGGGUUACCAUGGCCCCUAGGCUCUCUGAGAUCACAAACUGUGUUUACUCAAACUUGUAUUCUAGGUUACAGUUGAAGUCGGAAGUUUACAUACACCUUAGCCAAAUACAUUUAAACUCAGUUUUUCACAAUUCCUGACAUUUAAUCCUAGUAAAAAUUCCCUGUCUUAUGUCAGUUAGGAUCACCACUUUUAUUUUAAGAAUGUGAAAUGUCAGAAUAAUAGUAGAGAGAAGGAUUUAUUUCAGCUUUUAUUUAUUUCAUCACAUUCCCAGUGGGUCAGAAGUUUACAUACACUGAAUUAGUAUUUGGUAGCAUUGCCUUUAAAAUGUUUAACUUGGGUCAAACGUUUCGGGUAGCCUUCCACAAGGUUCCCACAAUAAGUUGGGUGAAUUUUGGCCCAUUCCUCCUGACAGAGCUGGUGUAACUGUGUCAGGUUUGUAGGCUUCCUUGUUCACACAUGCUUUUUCAGUUCUGCCCACAAAUGUUCUAUAGGAUUGAGGUCAAGGCUUUGUGAUGGCCACUCCAAUACCUUGACUUUGUUGUCCUUAAGCCAUUUUGCCACAACUUUGGAAGUAUGCAUGGGGUCAUUGUCCAUUUGGAAGACGACCCAUUUGCGACCAAGCUUUAACUUCCUGACUGAUGUCUUGAGAUGUUGCUUCAAUAUAUCCACAUAAUUUUCCUUCCUCAUGAUCCCAUCUAUUUUGUGAAGUGCACCAGUCCCUCCUGCAGCAAAGCACCCCCACAGAAUUAUGCUGCCACCCCCGUGCUUCACGGUUGGGAUGGUGUUCUUGGGCUUGCAAGCAACCCCCUUUUUCCUCCAAACAUAACGAUGGUCAUUAUGGCCAAACAGUUCUAUUUUUGUUUCAUCAGACCAGAGGACAUUUCUCCAAAAAGUACUAUCUUUGUCCCCAUGUGCAGUUGCGAACCGUAGUCUAGCUUUUUUAUGGCGGUUUUGGAGCAGUGGCUUCUUCCUUGCUGAGCGGCCUUUCAGGUUAUGUCAAUAUAGGACUCGUUUUACUGUGGAUAUAGAUACUUUUGUACCUGUUUCCUCCAGCAUCUUCACAAGGUCCUUUGCUGUUGUGCUGGGAUUGAUUUGCACUUUUCACACCAAAGUACGUUCAUGUCUAGGAGACAGAACGCAUCUCCUUUCUGAGCGGUAUGACGGCUGCGUGGUCCCAUGGUGUUUAUAUUUGCGUACUAUUAUUUGUACAGAUGAACGUGGUACCUUCAGGCGUUCGGAAAUUGCUCCCAAGGAUGAACCAGAUUUGUGGAGGUCUACAAUUUUUUUUCUGAGGUCUUGGCUGAUUUCUUUUGAUUUUCCCAUGAUGUCAAGCAAAGAAGCACUGAGUUUUAAGGUAGGCCUUGAAAUGCAUCCAUAGGUACACCUCCAAUUGAAUCAAAUGAUGUCAAUUGUGAUACAGUGAAUUAUAAGUGAAAUAACCUGUCUGUAAACAAUUGUUGGAAAAAUUACUUGUCAUGCACAAAGUAGAUGUCCUAACCGACUUGCCAAAACUAUAGUUUGUUAACAAGACAUUUGUGGAGUGGUUGAAAAACGAGUUUUAAUGACUCCAACCUAAGUGUAUGUAAACUUCCGACUUCAACUGUACGUAGAACCAUGCCUCUUUGUCUAUUUGUAGGCAAUGCAUGCCUUCCUAGAAUUGGAGGAACACUUCCUUGCUUGUAAAAUGCAUAAUAGUAUUCAAUCAACAUUUGUGAUGUAGAUCUUAGCCAUACCUUUCUCUUUGACAAAUGGAUCUUUACCUUGUCUGACCCAUAGAAGUAGAGUGAAUUCAUUAUAUUUCUAUGGUCUGACCUUACACUUGAUAGUUCGGUCCACAUGAUAGUGGUGUUACUAUGGCAACAGUACUCCAACUCUUAUAGUACACCUCUUACCAUGGCAACCAUAUACAGCACCUCAUCAGUGCUUUUAACACUAUUUUAUAGUGAUUUAUUUUACUGUAUCUCAUCUGAUGUCAGACGUCAUCUACAUGGCUGUAUGUGUAUUUCUACAUCUAGUAAAUUGAAUAUCAAUUAAUCACUCAUUCAAUCACUCUUCCUCUCAGGUCCAGUUGGAGCGGAUCAGACAGGCUGACUCUCUAGACCGUAUCCGAGCCAUCCUCAACGACACCAACUUGACUGACAUCAGCCAGCUCCCAGAGACAUGAUACCCUUGGCUGAAACUCCAUUCUUCCUCCUGACCCUCUAUCUCACUGGCCUAAUGACAUUCUCCCACCUUGCCAGGCCACUCCCCCAGUUCUAACCCCCAAUGGAAGGGCUCCGGAGGGAUAAGAGGGGUGUGGGUGUUUUUAAAUGAAGACUAAAUCCAAAAUGGAGGACAAAAAUCUAUCAUUAAAGGAGAAAAGUUAUUUUCUGUACAGGAGGAUUUGAAGCACAUGAGGCAGGAGUGAAGGUGAACACUACGACUAAGAGGUUGUAAAUAACUAAAUGACUGUUUCCUGCAAGGUGUGGCGAUUCCUGUGUGUCUAUCUGUCCUGUGUUUCUACUGUAGACAUUGGACUGGCCGUAUUAGCCCAACCAAAGGAGGAGUUUGUAGUCUUCUUCUAAGGCACUUUCAUCUACAAC